AUGCCCACUCGCGCACUGUUGUAUUAUUCCACAUUGGCCCUGUGCAAUGACAAGCCCAAUGCUGAUGACUUUAACCCAUCAAACCUUCGCCAAUUGACAGACGACAGACGCACAUCCCCUCAGGCAGCUUGUUUGCCAUCUGAAUUUGGCAGUGAUGUACGAGAUGGCACAAAGGCGACACUGCAGAUAGUCUAUAAUGGCGGUGAUGGCUUAUUAUAUCUCUAA